AUGAGGGGUUUCGGUAAGGACCAAGCCCCUGCCAUGAGGUAUGAGGGUAGUACUCUUGCCAUGAGGUUCUGGUUCCUCCUGUCGCCGUGUUCCUUGAACCGUGUUCCUCCUGUCGCCGUGUUCCUCCUGUGUGUUCCUCCUGUCGCCGUGUUCCUCCUGCCGCCGUGUUCCUCCUGCCGCCGUGUUCCUCCUGCCGCGUUUCCUCCUGUCCCCGUUUUCCUCCUGCCGCCGUGUUCCUGCCGCCGUGUUCCUCCUGCCGCCGUGCUGCCCUCGUUCCCCCUGUCGCCGUGCCGUGUAUCCUCGCCUGUGUUUCCUCCGUCGCCGUGUCCUCGUGUUCCUCCUGUCCUGCCUGCCGCCGUGUUCCUCCUGUCGCCGUGUCCGUUCCCCUGUGUUCCUCCUGUCGCCGUGUUCCUCCUGCCGCCGCGUUCCUCCACCGAAAGCCGGGCGGUUGGAGUCCCUUCGGAGUCGCCGAUGGAGCCCGCGGGGUCGUAA